CUCAUAGUUUUUUAGUUCUUCUUCUUCUUUGAUGAAUACAUACUUUUUUUGCGAUAGAUACAGAACACGGAGGAUUAUUGCUGGAUCAACGACAAAAACGCCGAGUGUGUGCAAUUAUAUCCGUACCCGGGAAACCACUAGUAGUUACUGCACGAUGGCGGACGACGCAGCUGCGCCCGAAGUUGGGCGAGCCGUGGAGUUGAGGACGCUGCCUGACGAACUCGCGGAUAGCGUUUAUACCACUGAGAAGUAUCCACUGAUUCUCGACCCGACUGUUAAGGCUUUCCACUUGCUGUAAAAAAAUGUUGUUGUAGUUAAAGAAAUUGACUUGCACUGGGUGGUGGCAUAUAUAUUCUAAUUUAUGAGCCCAGCCGCAGCCACUUUUCGCGCCUGCGCGUCCUUGAUUGAAACUUCUAUGAUGUAGUUACUUAAGCGUUUUGUUCUGGCUCUAAUAUCCGUGUUGCGUACAAUUUUUUGAAAUAUCGUGGACGAUGUCUUUCCGCAAUGCGGCAGGGAGACCUGGACAAAGAGAGUUUGCGCAUUGGGCUUGUUCAAACGAUGCAUAAUGGGGCCUGGCUGGUGUUAGAUGCGGACGUGGUUGACGUUGACUGGAGCGCCCUCUGCGAAGAUGAUACAUGCUUCCCACCUGAAGUUUUCCAGGGACCAGCUGCGCUGUUCGAUAUGGACGUUUUUUCGAAGUUGCCACGGCCAGCGGACGAGCUGGCGGCAAAAGUGUCCUACGAAAACCUGAAUUUGGAGCAAGAGGGCCUGACAGACAGAACCAAGACUUUUCAACCGGAAAAAUGCGUAGAAGUCGAUUCGCGGUUUCAACCGCAAGUUAAGAAACUACUCUGCAGAAUUUGUGCUCGUACAGAACAAAUAUGAAGACCGUUCUUCUUCGACGAAAUCCCUAAUGAUCUGGUGCAUUUUCUCCCUCUAAAGCGAAAGCCUUCAGGUUAAUCGUUGUUACGAAGAAGACGACGCCACCGCCAUUCUUAGCUGAGAAGAUGGAUGUCCUGACCGUCGCCCUGCCGCGUGGCAGUGCUGGUGACGAUGCGAGUGCUAUGGGUGUAUGGGCUGGCGGCGAACCACCCGCAGCAGAGCGGACGGGGGCGCAAAAGAAAUUGGACAAGGAAUUCUUGGAGUGCAGUUUCGACGGCGACCUUGACGGGGUUAAAAAGAUGCUCGGGAAGGGCGCAGACAGCAACGCGGUGGACUCCAGAAAAUACACGGCAUUGAGCGAAGCAGCGUGCGCUGGUUCCACGAUGAUCACUUUGUUGUCGAAAACCUGCUUAAUUUUUUUUAUCCAGUCACAGCUGUUGCUUCCUUGGUAUGGUCUGUCUUUUUUCUCGUUAGGUCUGCUCCACCACGAUCAUUAGGAGGUACAAGUGAUAAGAAUCUUGUAAGUAAUUGGAGUUGUAAAUGUAAUUGUACUAGUUUCUCGUUUGCUUGGAUGCUCUACUAGUUGUCAGAUCAACAUAUUGUUCUUUUUGUUGUUCUCAAGCACACCCGACUUCGACGACGACCAGGUCAUCUACCUGUCGUGGAGUAUCUCCUGGCUUACAACCCACCUCUCGGCUCGGAUCCAAAUGCCAAGAGCGCUGACGGACGCACAGCGUUACACCGUGCCGCAUUCAACGGCCACUGUGCUAUAGUCGAGAUUCUGUUGAAGUUAUGAGCAUGUUAUCCAGGAUGAGCAAAACCAAGUUUGAAGUACUUAUAGAUACACUAGAGUUUAGGUGAAAUCAUUAGAUGCAGGACCUCUACGGCGAACGAGUACUACCAAAAUUAGUAGAAAACUACAACCAAGUAGUCUCGUUAAUUUUGAAUGGAGCCGACCCACGGAUUAAGGACACGAUGGGGGAUCGAUGCUACGACAUAGCAACAAGUAAAGAUAUUCAUGCUCUCCUUGACGGUUGGAAGGAGGAAGACUCCUUGAAGAUCAUGGAGGAGCGGAAAAAAGCUCGCGAGGAAGCCGAAGAAGGCCUCGUAAAGAACGAGGAAGAAAGUACUUACUUGAGGUAGAAGUAGAACGAUGAAGAAGUAGAAGUUUCAACUAUCAUUCUGAUUUUGAUUUGAAUUUGUACCUUGUCUCUAUCAGUUUUUGCCUUGCUUCCUCUCAUCAAGCAAACAAAUGCUUUCAAUUUGUACUAGAGUAGAGAAACGACGACCACAUACACAUUUGCAAUCACCAGGGAAGCGGUUGAUGAAAUCACGCAAGGCUGCGAAAAUUUUCGAAUGGAUUGAGGAGAACGAAAAGGACAUGCUAGAAAUCGAAGUUACCGGAAUCGAGCAAAGCCUAUCAUCCUAUCGAGACGAGCGUGGAAAUACGGCCUUACAUCAAGCAGCUUGGAAAAAUCGAUUCGAAAUAUGCCAGUUCCUCGCUGAUUUGGCAGAUAGGAGCACUGCCGUGGUAAUAACAUUGAAAGUAUCGAUAAGCGGCUGCUGCUGCAAGCACAGUUACUCAUAGUUUUAGUUCUUGUACGACUAGUAUGGAUCCUGAAGGUAAUCUCGUUGUCGUUCGUGUCACUGUCAUUCCCAUGUAACAAUAACACUUCUGAAAAUUCGACGCCUCCAACUUGCUCCACACCUCGCCAUCUGCUUCCAUCAGAUCGACGCUCGUGAUAAUAAGGGCUGGACGCCUUUACAAGUUGCGAGUUUCCACGGACAUCGAAAGAUAUGCGAGCUUCUGCUUUCGAAGCGGGCCAAUCCUGAACUCUUCAAUGGCUACCGCAAGAACGCAAUCGACCUCGCAAAGGAUGACGAAGUGAAAGACGUUCUUCUCGCUGGCACAGCAAAUGCGAUUCGUGUUUCGACGAAAGAUAAGGCUGCAGCAGCCACAACAGCAGCACCAGCUACAACGGAGCCGUCAGCAAAAGCCAAAGCCAAGGCAAAGGCAUUCGCGAAAGUCAAAGCCAGAGCAAAACCGAAGGCAAAAGCGGGAGCUGCGUGAGAGCAGAGAUUCUUGACUGAGUCUAGCAAACAAAGACUUUCUGUUUUACUGGCAGGGAAUAUGUGGCAGGCGCUACUUUGCUUUGUUUUUACGACAGGACUGGGACAGUUUUUGUUUUGAUGCCUGGGAGUUCGUCUUCACCUAGCCCAGCCUCAAGUCCCUGUGUAAGUGACAUUGAAGACAGAAAUGUGAAAAGAAGGAUGCGAUGGAACCCAUCUGCCGCGCGAUCGGGGCAU